AUGAGAUCACCAGCUCUCCUUGCGGUGCUGCUAGGCCUGGCAUCCGCGAGCCCCACGCCUACUCAGGACGAUGUCCUCGAUGCCCGCACAAUAGCAAAGAGGGCGACCAUUACGGAUGCUUGCACAGUCGGUUUCUGUACCCAGAACGGCGGAACGACUGGAGGAACCGGUGGCACAACCACUACGGUUUCUACCCUGGCCCAGUUCACGGCAGUGGCCAACGCCUCGGGACCUUAUGUGAUCGUGCUGGAUGCCGCCCUGUCGGGAGCGGCCAAGGUGCAAGUCGGCUCUGACAAGUCCAUCAUCGGCCAGCCAGGUUCUAGUCUCACGGGUAUCGGUCUCACCAUCUUGGGGCAGUCCAACGUCAUUGUGCGCAACAUGAAGAUUAGCAAGGUGCUGGCCGACUAUGGCGACUGCAUCACGAUCCAGGCCUCGUCCAACGUCUGGGUCGACUCGUCGGAUUUCUCAAACGACCUCGACCACGACAAGGAUUACUACGAUGGUCUGAUUGAUACUGUACACGCCUCCGAGUGGGUGUCUAUCACCAACAACUACUUUCACGACCACUGGAAGGGAUGUCUCGUCGGUCACUCAUCCAACAAUGAAGCCGAAGAUCUAGGACAUUUGCACGUGACCUACGCAUAUAACUGGUGGGACAAUAUCAAUUCGAGAACUCCAAUGUACAGAUUCGGAACCGGUCACAUGUACAAUUCGUACUACUCCAACCUCAUCGACACGGCCAUCAACACGCGCGACCUAGCCGAGGUCCUCGUCGAGAGCUCCGUGUUUGAAAACUGCCCGCGCAAGGCCAUCUUCACCGACGACAACACCUAUGAGGGGUAUGCCGUUGUCAAUGACGUCGACCUCGGCGGUAGCGAGAACCUUGCCCCCGAAGGCAACUUGACCUCAGUCCCCUACGACUAUGACCUGCUUGGCUCCGCCAAUGUCAAGGCCUACGUUACUGCCAAUGCCGGGCAGCUUCUGACUUUUUAG